AUGGCGGCCGUUCAGUGGACCGAAGAGCUGGAGAGAGUGCUGAUAUCUUUUUACAUGGAACAUCAGUGCCUGUGGAACAUCAAGGCAAAGGCUUACAAAAACAGGGACCUGAGAAAAGCUGCUUUGGAGGAGCUCUGUCAGCAGCUCAAGCUCAACAGUGGUGGGCAUCAGGUUGUAGAGCAGGAUGUAAAGAAAAAAUUCAAAAAUCUGAGGACGGUGUUCACCAGGGAGCAUGCUGCUGUGGUGGAGAGCAGCAGGUCUGGGGCUGGGGCGGCAGAGAUCUAUGUGCCCAAAUGGAAGUAUUAUCAGCAACUUCUGUUUCUUCGCGACUCUUGUGGCAUGGACGAGAGUGAGGACAAUCUGAAAGUGCAAGAGGAGCCAGAGGCACCGACAUCACCAGAGGCACCAAUAUCACCUUGUGAGGGACUCUCACCUCAAAAACGGAAGCCAACUGGGAAACAAAAUGGUGCGGAAAAAAAAGCGGCUGAGGCGAUGGAGUAUGCCAUGGGGUUCCUGAAGAGGAAGGAGGCCUCUAAACACACAGGCUUCCUCCACUACCUAGAAAACCUUUUAGAUGACAUACCAGAUAGUAAAAUAAAAAAGUGA